AUCACUUUCGUCAGUGCUUGUUUGUGGUUUUGUGUUAUGCUUGUCCGAUAAAAUUUGAAAGCAAAGAAAAUAAAUUGCCUCGUAUAGAAACUGAUAUUUUUGCUAAAAUAUCGCCGAAAAUCAAUCAGCAACAUGCAGAACAACACAAAGAAAGACAGUGUGAAUAAUAUCCUGCUAAAUGUUUUGGUGCUCUGCCACCAGGAAGGUAUGGUUACGGAAGACGGUAGUGUGCUAGCGGAGGUCGUAUUUCGUCGGUUCACCGCCGAAGUGUUCCGGCAGUAUCGCCAGGAUGUACGGCUGCGGGAGUUUCAUGCAUUGAUGAAUCGAACGAAUUUCGUAGCGGAAGCCAUUGCCGACCGAAAGGAGUACCAGAUCAACGUUGCGAAAAUGUUGGCUGAACAAGAGAAAAUGCUUUCUGUAAAGCAGGAAAAGGCUAGUCAAGAGUUGGAGAAUGAUGCAAGAAAAAAGCCUGCUACUGACAAAAAUCCCUUCAUUGCUAGUUUUCAGCAUUAUUCAUUAAUACGUGAUGACCCGUACCUUGAAAAAAUAACAACAGGUAUUGAAAUGACCUACGCGAUCACUGUCAGCCGAUCUUUGGAUCCAUCCUAUUUGGUACAGGGCUACAGCUGCCUAAUUUGCCGACAAAACUUCCUAAGCGCCAUGGCUUACAUACAUCACAUUUCCACGCAUGGAUCACCGUUGACUAUCCAGGAAAGUGCUGAUCUAAAGCGAACGAACAGUGCCCUCAACGUGACACUGCUUCAUGAUGAAUGCCAACUGACGUCCACGUUGAAAUUGGCUAAUUUACAGAGUGAACAAAUUAUUGUCAGCGGAGUCUACAUGUAUCAUAAACAUUUCGAACUGUUCCCCAUCAGUCUGCAAAAGGUUUUAUUGGAGCCUGGAACCAACCAAGGUUUUCAUAUCCGGAACAGAAUGUUGAUCAAAUCACAUGACAUGUACUCACUGCUGAUUAUGUACCGUUGUGGUGAGGAGCAGCGGGAUUUGCUGGAACUGCACUAUCUGCGAGUAUAUGAAAUAAAGCGAGGCGGCUUCAAGUCUAACCACCGAGGAAGAAAUGAUAGGGCCAUUCGUGCGGGUUUACUUGGAGACUAUCAUCCACCAAAAGAUUUGUGCACACUAGCGGCAAACAAUUUUCAGCUGGUCUCGUCCUAUACAAAUACAGAGAAAAAGCUCCAUGACGAUAUCCGCACUUUCUAUCACGCCGAUUCCAAAACACGCCUGAAUGCAUCCAACUAUACGCCAAUGCUAGAACUGCUGACGCACAUACAGGAUCUUAACGUGCAAUGUGACUUGGCACAGUAUCGAGCUGAUGAUGCCCUCAUCAUUCCAACGUCAAUGCCUCGAUUGUAUCGAAUAGAUACGAAGCAAUUCACAUCGCUUCCGGUAAAUCUAGCUGAAGGUGAUAUCAUUCAGCUGACCGUUAAAACAUCUGGUACCAACAACACACUACAAGGUACAAUAGCAAACAUAUUGUACGACCACAUAAUUGUUGAACUAGAAGAUCGGGUGCAAGCCAAUUGUCGUUUUCAAGUGAAACUGCAGGCUAGUCGGGUCGUUUGUCGUUUGGAGUUGCAGGCCUUGGACAUCGUUCGACGACAUGAGCUGGCACCACUGUUAUUUCCUAGCAAAGCGCCAAAACCGGUGGCGCAGACGAAAACGAUCACAACUUGGAUGAAUACCUGCAUGGUGAACAAUGAAGAACAACAAACGGCCGUCAGAAAUAUUCUGAACCGAGUAUCGGAUCCCUUGCCGUACAUACUCUUCGGUCCACCAGGGACUGGCAAAACCACCACUUUGGUAGAAGCUAUCGUACAAAUUUGUAGUAUCUGCCCAUCGGCUCCCAUCUUGGUAGCAGCACAGUCCAAUUCUGCAUGCGACGAGGUGGCCCUUCGACUGAUGAAGCAUCUGGCCCCGAACAAAUUGUACCGAUUUUACUCUCGAUCCAGUGAAAAGCGACUUGGUGAAAUUCCCGCGAAAUUGCAGCAGGUGUCCAAUCUGGCCAGUGGGAAGCACAGCUGGCCGACCUGGGAGGAAGUUUAUGGAACAAGGGUUCUAAUAUGUACUCUCUCGGUUUGUGGACGAUUGGUUCAGAGCAAAAUUAGAGGCAACCAUUUUAAAUAUGUGUUUAUUGAUGAAUGUGGAAGUGCUUCGGAACCGUCUGCCUUACUGGCCAUAGCGGGGAUGGUUAGUUCCCGAGGGAAGCUGAAUGCUAGCAUAGUAUUAGCCGGAGAUCCAUAUCAACUUGGUCCAGUAAUUCGAAGCAAUCUUGCUGCCAAGAUGGGCCUAGGGGUCUCCAUGCAAGAGCGGUUGAUGAACCUUCCUGUGUAUCAAAAAGAUCCAUUAACAAACCAAUAUAACAAUCAAUUGAUAAUCAAAUUGGUGAAAAAUUAUCGUUCACAUGAAGCGUUGAUUCGGUUUUCCAACAAACAAUUCUACGAUAACGAACUGUGCUGUCUGGCAUCCGCUGAAGCUGUGACUUUAGCAGAAAAUUGGCGUUGGCUACCCAACAAAACGUUCCCCAUCAUACUGCAUACUGUUUUUGGAUCGAAUGAACGAUCAUCGAAAAGUAAAAGUUUUAUGAAUCAAACGGAAAUCGAUACGGUUGAGUUCUAUCUCGACUUCAUACUCAAAGCAGGCAUCAACGAACGAAAAAUCUCUCAAGAAGAUAUCGGAAUAAUAUCGCCCUAUCAGCUGCAGGUUCAGCGAUUGAAGCAAAUGUGUCUCACCAAACAGUGGCCGACCAUAGAAAUCGGGUCAGUCGAACAGUUCCAAGGACGCGAAAAACUUGUGAUAAUUCUCUCAACAGCUCGCUCCCAUACCCCGGACGUGGGCUUUCUGAACAACGUGAAACGGCUGAAUGUGGCACUGACUAGAGCGAAAGCGCUACUAAUUGUAAUCGGCAACAGUAACACGCUCCAGACUGAUCCCAAUUGGUACGAGUUUAUCAAAUAUUGCACAACGAAUCAGGCGAUUGUUGGCAGAUGUUUUGGCUUGGAUGCGAAGCGAAUCGUUGAGCAGACUAAUCGUGAUGCGAUGUUCGAUGCACUGUUCAAUGUUCUUGUGUAAUUUUAAAUCAUUUGAAUUCUGGGAGGAAAGAAUAAAAUGAUAAGUGUCAAAUGUCAAUUUUAAUCAAAAAACAAAAAAUAUAUUCAUUUCCAAUUUGUUACAAGUUAAAUCCACCAAACGAUAAUAUUGCAAAUAAUAUAAACCGCGAACAGAUACUAAACGCCAACUGGUA